AUGGGCAAUUGUGUUGGCGGCUUCAGUCGACGGACAGAGAAUUUGCCGUUUCGACGAAAAAAGUGCGUUUUUUUGUUUUAUUCUUUGAUCCUUGGGUUGUUUUUUCGGCAUUAUGUCGCUUUUAUUGGGUAAUUCGAUUAGUUCGAACGAGUAAAACGUGACAUCCGUUUUUACAACAGAAUUUUUUAGUUGAUUUUCGUGAGAGGGAAAUUUUUGAAAUUUCGCACGGUGCAGCAAAAUUUUUGAUGAAAUUCUGAAUAACGCAGAGAAAUUUUGAGAAAAAUUUUGGUGAAAUAAGCAAGAGAGUGGGGGUUAGUGACUAACCAACCCAAGUUUGAUUGGUGGAUUACUGUAAUUUUUGAGUUUUUGACCGAAAAAUUUUUUGCACUGUGCAGCCUAAAAUUUGGUAAAAUUCUGCACAGUGCGAGAGAGUUCAAGGAAAAAAGUGAAAGAAAUGUGGAGAGCAUUGAUAGUAGAGCUCAUAAAAAAUUAUUUUGCCUUUAGGAUUACUGUAAUUUUUCAUUUUUCUACCGAAAAGUUUUUUGCACUGUGCGGUCCGAAAUUUGAUGAAAUUCUGCACAGUGCGAGAGAGUUUAAGGAAAGAAGUGAAAAAGGUGUGAAGAGCAUUGAUAGUAGAGAUCAUAAAAGAUUUUUUUACCUGCAAGAUUACUGUAAUUUAAAAUUUUUUGACCGAAAAAUUUUUUGGACUGUGCAGUCUAAAAUCUGAUAAAAUUCUACACAGUGCGAAAGAGUUUAAAGAGAAAAGCGUGAAAAACUAUAAAGAGCAUUGACAGUAGAGACCAUAAAAAUUUAAUUUUCCCGCAGCAUUACUGUAAUGUUUGAUUUUUUAACCGAAAAGUUUUCGCACUGUGCAGUCUAAAAUUUGAUAAAAUUCUGCAAAGUGCUGGCGAGUUUAAAGAAAAAAUCGGUUUUCCUGCAAAGAUUCUAGGUUAUAUUAUUUAUUCCGCCAUCUUUUUGAUCAAUAAUUACAGUAAUUUUGACUUUUUUGAGCAAAAAUUUGCUUUGCACCGUGCAAAAUCCAAAAAUUUUAAUUUAUCACGUAUAUUUUCGCAUUCUGCCAUCGAAAAUGUUAGAAAGUAGGCUUGAAAGUUGUUUUAUGAUCUGUCGAAAGAAAUGCUAAGCCCCAAUUUCCUUUAUAAUCGAGGGAAAACAACUUUUUCGGGGAUUAAACCUUUCAAAAAUUGAGAAAUGCCCACUACAACAAAAAUCAUAAGCUUUAUUCGACUGGACUAUGUGUUCUAUGUGUCUUUUCAGGCCAAAGAAGACGAUUACAAUCGCCUUUCUCGGGUUGGAUGGUGCGGGUAAAACGACGAUUUUGAAGGCGCUGCAGAACGGUAGGACCAUAUUUUUUGGAUUAUUUUUGAUGUUGUGGGCCCUCAUUCUUCUGCGAAAAAUUUGUUUUUGCAAUUAAAUUUAUCGACGAAAUGUAAUUGAUGUUUACAUUUUUUGAAAAUUUUUCCGAUUUUUUCCUUUUUUGGAAAGUGCAAGGUUCAAACAGGGUAUUUAUAAAAAAUUUCAAACCUGGAAAUGCCUUUGAGAAUACUGUGGAAGGCAUUUUGAAGAAAUUUUUUCUUUGAAAAUGCCGUAAAAUGUUUAAAAAUUGGGAAAAAGUAAGGAAAAUUGAGGUUUAAUCUAGCGUAAUUUUGGGUUUAUUGUAGAUUAUCAGGUAUAUUGCAUCCAGUUAGAAAAAAAUACACGAAAAAAUCACCACGAAACGGCGGGUUUUUCAUCGUCUCCCUCUUCUUCAAGGUCAUCUUUCAUUUUCACGGAACCAUCUUUCCAAUCGAAAGAGAGAGGGGUGUGUACGCCCAUAGCCCGUUGAAAGCACGCCAUCCCGUCCGAUCUGGCAAGUUAAGCAACGGUGCGCUUGAUUAGUACUUGGAUCGGAGACGUCCUUGGAAUCUCAAGUGGCGUACGCAUUUUUGACUUUUUUGAGUUAAAUAGACAAGUCAGAAUCGUAUAGCACUAUAUUGGGGUAUAGUAAGGAAUAGUAAGCUGAUUUUUUGAAGGGUUUUUUUUAUUUUUUUCGGUUUUUCGUGGCAAAAUCAAAAUUUAUUUUUUUGUAAAAUUGAUUUUUUGGGUUUUUUGUAAAAUUCAUUAUCGAGAACUCAUCAUAUUUUGCUAUAUUUCUGUCUAUGUUUCCCAAAAUUUUAGGUUUAUUACUAAAAAACCCAAAAAAAAAUUUUUUUUGAUCGCUCAAAAGCCCUGAUGUUUGACCCACAGGGUUGUCUGGACAUGUCGCGAAAUAUUGUAGGAUUAACUCUCGACCUGAAGACACUUCCAGAUUUCCUCGCCCCAUUCUCGGAGGCAAACGCGCGUGAAAAUUGCGGUUCGUGCGGACCGUCCCCUCGGGAGCGAUUUUAACGCCGUCUUGGGUAAGCAGCGGCGGCGGCGGCAAGUUGGCCCACCCGCCCGAUAAUGUUGAAAUGUCAUAUUCUUGGGCCCCCAAAAACGGCCACUUUAUGGGCCAUAAAGACGACAAAAAAUUAUGUUUUUUUCACUUUGUUGCCACUAAAUGGAAUGUGUUUUUUUUUUGAUGAAAAAGCGGUUGUAAAUAAAUUAAAAAAUUUUGAGUGAUCGCAUUUUCACGCCAAUUAUGCAUGUUUUCGAAAUACGCCCCAUUGUCGGGAAAAGGGUUGACUGACGCCGGACUUCCGGGAAAAAGGUAAAAUAAUAUACGAAGGGGAGGAAAGUUGCAAAAAAAUUCUUUGGACUAACUCUAAUUUUUUGGGCGGGUUCGAGGAAAAGAGGGAAAUUUUUUUAUCGAAAAAUCUCAAAAUUUCAGAAAUCUUAAUUUAGCCCCAGUAGUCUCUCGUUUGUCAAAAUUGUUGAAUAUCUCGGCCGCAGCUUCACCGAUCCGGUUGAAACUUUCAUGUACGAAUAUUUAGUGUAUAAAAACAAUAAAAAAAGUAUUUUCAAAAAAAAUUUUUUUUGGUCCCCCCUUGUCAUACUUUAUUUUAGAAUUCAGUCUGGGAAAAAUGCCUGGUCUACCUUGUCAAAUCCCACUUCUACCUUAUCGUUUUUUGGUUUUCGCAACAAAAUAACACCGAAAAAAGAAGCUGCGGUCAAUUUCAUUUACAGUCCAGUCGAAUGCCCUAAAGGGCCACUUUAUAUGGCCACAAAAAUUUUAUGGUCGAUCAAAAGUCACGUGCCAUUUGUUAUUUCACACCUCGGCGGGGCGUUUAAUCACUUCAAGUGGUAAACAAUGGAGAAAUCAGAAUCGCACCGUGCAGAUGAAAAUUUCUCUUCCGCACGGUGCGAAGAGAUUUUUCGGAUUUCUCGCGAUAAAAACGAGAUUUUUUUGUUAUGCCAAAGACUCACAAUGAAAAAUAGUCUCUUUAUAACCUAUUCCAUCUAUAACAAACAAUGUUUUUAAUCGAAAAAUCCCAAGAUUUCCAAAAUCUUAAUUUAACCCCAACUGAUCCCAAUUAUAACAUAGAACUCGGCCAAAAUUUUUGUAAAUGAGUAAUCCAAAACUUACAGCCCCCCAAAGGGCUCCGUGUAAUCCGAACCGCACGCAAAAACAAUAAAAGGACAGAAGAAAAAAACGUUUUAUUGGCCCAUAAAUUUGCAUAAGGGACAAGUUUCUCUUUCAUCUUUGCCUUUUUUAUAGCAAAAAACGAGGAAAAAGUUUAUUUUUGCGGUUUAAAGUUGCAUUUUCAUCUGCGUUUUAGAAUUUUUUCGAAUUUUAAAAAGCUAUAUUCCAAGUGUAGAGUUGGGUUACAGAACUUGACCUGCACUUUUGUGGACAAAAGAUUGCAUUACUAAACAUUCUAGGUGGAUUUAAAAGUCUGAAAAGGGGUUCAAAAGGAAACAUGUGGGUUUUAGUAGGUCUAGAAGACAAAGGAAAUAAUAAAUUUACCUAAAAAGGAGAGAAAUUUUCAAAAAUAACCCCGAUUUUUUUUUUUUUUUUGAAUUUUAGGUCAGAUUUUUGGCAUUUUUUCAAAAUCAAAAAUUUUGUUACAGUAUCUCAAAUGAAGCUGUCAGGUCACAUUAAAGCCUGGCGCAAAUUUUGAUUAGACUUUUUAAUGCGUAUGCGGUGAUUUUUAGCUCACGUUUUGCAGAAAAAUCGAGAUGUUUAUGUUUAGUUCGAAUUUUGUUGUAAAUUCCACAGUUUUUUAAAAAUCUCGAUGGUUUCUGCAAAAAGCGAAUUAAAAAAUCCCACGUACAUAUAUUGAAAAUCUGAUCGAAAUUUAUACCAGGCUUUAUUAUAAUCUGAGGCUUCAUUUGAGCUACUGUAACAAAAUUUUUGUUUUUGAAAAAAUGCCAAAUGACCUAAAAUUUGAAAAAUUUGUGGGUUUAUUUUUGAAAAUCUCUUUCCUUUUUUGGUAAAUCUUUUAUUCACUUUGUCUUCUAGACCUACUAAAACCCACCUGUUUCCCCUUGAACCCCGUUUCAGACUUCUAAAUCCACCUAGAAUGUUUAGUAACGCAAUCUUUUGUCGACAAAAGUGGCAAAGUUCCGUAACCCAACUCUACACUUGGAAUAUAGCCUUUUAAAAUUCGAAAAAAUUCUAAAACCCGGAUGAAAAUGCAACUCUAAACCGCAAAAAUAAAAUUUGUACUCGUUGUUUGCUAUAAAAAAGGCAAAGUUGAAAGCGAACUUGUCCCUUCGGUUAAUGGCAAAUUUAUCGGCCAAUAAAACGUUUUUUUUUCUUGUGUCCUUUUAUUGUUUUUGCGUGCGGUUCGGAUUACACGGAGCCCUUUGCGAGCGGGGCUGUAAGUUUUGGAUUACUCAUUUACAAAAAUUUUGGCCGAGUUCUAUGUUAUAAUUGGGAUCAGUUGGGGUUAAAUUAAGAUUUUGGAAAUCUUGAGUUUUUUCGAUUAAAAACAUUGUUUGUUAUAGAUGGAAUAGGUUAUAAAGAGACUAUUUUUCAUUGUGAGUCUUUGGCAUAACAAAAAAAUCUCGUUUCUACCGCGAGAAAUCUGAAAAAUCUCUUCGCACCGUGCAGAAAAAAAAUUUUCAUCUGCACGGUGCGCGUUUGAUUUCUCCAUUGUUUACCACUUGAAGUGAUUAAACGCCCCGCCGAGGUGUGAAAUAACAAAUGGCACGUGACUUCCGAUCGACCAUAAAAUUUUUGUGGCCAUAUAAAGUGGCCCUUUAGGGCAUUCGACUGGACUGUAAAUGAAAUUGACCGCAGCUUCUUUUUUCGGUGUUAUUUUGUUGCGAAAUCCAAAAAACAAUAAGGUAGAAGUGGGAUUUGAUAAGGUAGACCAGGGAUUUUUCCCAGGCUGAUUUCUGGAAUGAAGUAUGACAAGGGAGGACCAAAAAAAAUUUUUUUCGAAAAUAUUAUUUUCAUACACUGAAUAUUCAUGCCUGAAAAUUCUAACCAUGAUAUAUAUGUAGAUACGAAGAUACGGCCAAGAUAUUCAACAAUUUUGGUAAAUGAGAGGCUAUUGGCAAGUGAUGAGACGAGGUCAGAGAAAAACGUUUUUCUUUUUUGAAAGAAACUUUUUAAAUAUUGGAAUCCUCAAUUCCAGCAGAUGUCUAAUUUUUUGUCCUGAAAAUUGAAAAAAUCAUUGAAUUUUCGCAAUUCUUCUACUGUAAAAACUCGAUGAUUUCUGCAAUAUGCGAGCUACAAUGUGGCCUACAUCUUUGAAAAUUUUGAUCUCAAUUUCAGUCAAGGUUCAUGAAAAUCUGAACGUUAAAAUUUUUCGAAAAAAUUUGCGUUGCACGAAAUUUUGAAAUUUCAAAAACUUGUAAAAUACGGCUAUACAAAUUGGGCAUGGUUUAUGCAGUUGAGUUGUAUAAAAUUGGCAGCUUUAUUUUUGAGAUCAUGACUAACACAUGACCUGCCUCACAGUCGAAAUAAAAAUACUUGAAUCUCAUAUGUACAUAUAACAUUCAUUGACCGUGUCCGUCCAUUAUGGGCAGAUGCUAUUAUGGACAGACAAUUAUGUAUUCUUUGCUUCUUUUCGUAAGUGGUACUGUUAAAAAGUAAUUUUUGAACCGCUUACGAAAAGAAGUAAAGAAUACGUAAUUGUCUGCCCUUGAUGGCGCUGCCCAUAAUGGACGGACACGGUCAAUAAAUGUUAUAUGUAAAUAUGAGGUUCAAGUAUUUUUAUUUUGACUAUGAGGUAAGUCAUGUGAUAGUCAUGAUCUCAAUGAUAAAGUUGCCAAUUUUUCCUAAUUGAACUGCAUAAACCAUGCCCAAUUUGUACAGCCGUAUUUUACAAAUUUUUGAAAUUUCAAGAUUUCGCACUGUAAUUUUUUGAAAAAUUUCAAUGUUCAGAUUUUGAUGAAACCUGACAAAAAUUGAAAUCAGAAUUCUCAAAGACGUAGCCCAGAUUUCUAGCUCGCAUUUUCCAGAAAUCAUCGAGUUUUUACAGUAGAAGAAUUGCGAAAAUUCGAUGAUUUUUUCAAUUUUCAGGACAAAAAAUUAGAAUUCUGCUCGAAUUGAGGAGAAUGUUUAAAAUAAUAUUUUUUUCCGGUCAAAACCAAAAAGAAACAGGAAAACUUUUUUCUUUUUCUCUGAUCGCCUCUCUUCAUUUUCCAUAGUCUCUUGUUUGCCAAAAUUUUUGAAUAUCUCAAUCGUAUCUUGGCAGAUCAGAUUAAAAUUUUCUAGCAUGGAUAUUUAGUGUAAAAAAUUUGGAUAUUUAGUGUAAAAAACAAAAUUUCAAUUUUGCCAAAUUUCUUAAUUAUUGACCCGUUUUUCGAGAUUUUUCGAAUUUCGCAACGGAAAGAAACCUCCGGAUUUUCGAUGCGAAAAUAACAAACAUGUUGUUGGUAACCAGAUUUCCUUUGUUCGCAUUCCAACUUUUCCCGGAGUCGAAGCGCAUUCGUAUUCAUAUCGAAGUGUUUUUUGGAAUAAAUUUGGGCCCGAAUUUGCAAUUUUUAUUUCCCCAUAAACGGCUCCCCUGCACUUCGAGACCCGCGUUUUUUUUUAUUGUUUUUGAUGCGGAAAUGGGUGUUCUUGGGGAUUAUGGAGAAUUCUGUGGGAAACGCGAGAAAAGUGACUUAUGAGCAGCAGUUUUGACAAGUGAAAAACGAGAUUUUUUGAAAAAAAAUUUUUUUUUAUUUUUGUAAAAAUAAAAAUCCUCAAAAAAUCGAGUAAAAAACUAAAUUUUGCCACAUUAGAAUUUUGAAAUUUGAACUGCAUAACCAAAAACCAGUUUUCUAUACGUAUUUUACAAAUUUUUGAAAUUUCAAAAUUUGCACAGUGCAAUUUUUUGAAAAAUUUUUAUGUUCAGAUUUUGAUGAAAUUUGGCAAAAAUUGAAAGCAGAAUUUGCCAAGACGUAGGAGAAAACUUUAGCUCGCAUUUUGCAGAAAUCAUCGAGAUUUUUUGGCUGAAAAAUUGCGAAAAUUCGAAAAUUUUUUUUUUUUUUUUUAAUUUUCAGGACAAAAACUUGGAGUUUUGAGGAGUAGAACGUGUUUUAAAAAUGUCCAUGCACUUUAUGAAAAUGCUAAUAGAGAAGUAUUCUACAAUAAAUGUAAAAAAUUUUUACAUUUUUCUCCGAAAUUUUACAAUUUUCCGCGAAAAAUUUUCAUUUUUUUAAAUCGGUAAAAAUUUGUAAUUUUUUCGCAAACUUAUGAAAAAUUGACCUAAUAGCAGUCAUAUCGAAGAAUGGGAGCCCUGAUGUCGCACGAAUUCGAGCGCUUCAUGGCCGAAGAGCAUUUCAGAAGACGCCAGCUCGGUGCACUCAACCAUGGGCUUUUCCCGCGGCGAGUUCGCCAUCCGAAAGUCGCCGAUCGUGGCCUUCGAUCUGGGCGGCGCCCCGCGGAUCCGCGACAUCUGGAAGAUCUACUAUGCCGAGGUGCGUUUUUUCGGUCCAUUUUUUUUUUUUUUUUUUUUUUUGAGACCAUUCAAUUUUGCAGAUCUUCGCUGUGGUCUACGUAGUGGACAGUUCGGCCCAGAGCCGGAUGCAGGAAAACAAGGAAGUGCUGCGCACAAUGCGCGGCCAUCGGCAGCUAAUGGUAAGAGUUUUUGAGGCUUUUUGGCGAAAAUUUUUUGAUUUUUUUUUUUUUUAUUUUUGCCAAGUAUAAUAUAAUUUGUGCUCCAAAAUGGCAUGAGAUUUUGUUUUGGGGCUUUUCAGGUCUGUAGUGGCCAUUUUCGGGGAGAAAACUUUGAUUUUUAUCGAAAAAAUAAUUUUUUUACCUACUACAAUAUAAUUUUUUGUCCAAAAUUGGAUAAAAUUUGGUAUGAAGGGUCUAAUAGGUCUCUGAAUAUUAAUUUCGUGCUUAAAAUCACAUUUUUUUGUCUUGAAAUCCAUCUUUGUUUACCUACUACAAUAUAAUUUUUUGUCAAAAAUUGGAUAAAAUUUGGUAUGAAGGGCCUAAUAGGUCUCUGAAUAUUAAUUUCGUGCUUAAAAUCAUAUUUUUUCGUCUUGAAAUCCAUCUUUUUUUACCUAGUACAAUAUAAUUUUUUGUCCAAAAUUUGUUAAAAUUUUGGGUCUAAAUGGUCUAAAUAUUGCUGACAUGCUUAAAAAUACAUUAAUCUAUUUUUAAAACACACUUUUUCGGGCAAAAUCCACCAUUUUUUUUACCUAGUACAAUAUAAUUUUAGGUCCAAAAUUUUUUUAAAUUUGGGUCUACGUGAUCUACUACGUCUCUAGAUAUUGCUAUCAUGCUAAAAAUCACACUUUUUCGUCUUGAAAUCCCUCUUUUUUACCAACUACAACAUAGCCGAACAUCUGAAAUUUCUCCCGAAAUCGAACCCCAAAAUGCUUGCAGGGCAAGCCCAUCCUCUUCCUGCUGAACAAAAAGGACCUGCCGGACGCGGUGGACGAGCUGCAGUUCAGCGAGGACAUGGACCUGCACAACAUGGCCAUCGAGAGCCGGACCGACAUCCGGGUGGAGCGGGUGUGCGCGGUGAAGGGCGUUGGACGCGACAUCGACCCGCUGAUCAGCGAAGGCCUGGAGUGGCUGCUGGACCGCGUGUACAGCCGCUUCGACCAGCUGAACCAGGGCAUCGAGGCGGCGGAGCAGGCGCUCCGCGAGCGCCAGGCCCGCGAACGCCUGGAGCGCCAGCAUCGCCUCGCCAGUUUGAGGUGAGCGAACGAGUGUUGCAGGGGGUUGGGAGGGUUUUUGGAACUAAAAAUUUAAUUUUUUUAUUCUUUUUUUUAUUUUUUUUUUUUUUUUUUUUUUUGAAAAUUAAAAAUUAUAUUUACAGCGGAAGUACAGAUUUUGAUGAAACUUGGCACAAAUUUAGAACAAUUUUUUCUAAAACAUAUGCGGGAAUCCUAGCCCGCGCUUUGCAGAAACAACCGAGGUUUUUAGAUCGAAAGUCGGCGAAAAUUUGACACUUUUUGCCGAAUUUCGGCACGAAAAGUUUCAUGCCUAUUUCAACCGUAAAGGAUAAUGUUUCCACAAAAAAUCAGUUUUUUCCGCGCGAAACUAGCGAAGUUAUAGCCAAAAAGUGUCUUUCUCUCUGACCGCUCUCCGCGUUUAGUGUACUCUCUCGGCGGCAAAAAUGGUUCAAUAUCUCGGCGGCGCCUGCAAAGCGCGAGCUAAAACUUUCAGAAAUUGUUAUUUAGCCUGUUCCCGAUGUGUGUGCAAAAUUUAAAGAAAAUCUGAGCGUCAUACCUAGGGUACUUCCCUUGUCAGUCAAAAAAAAUUUUAUUUCGUCAAUGCUAUUUUUUGCUUUUUUUAAGUUUUUUAUGCCUGAUUUUUACUGUUUGAACCAAAAAUAAAUCUCGAAUUCGCUUCAGCAAGCAGCACGCGGAGGAUCGGCCCGGCCCUUCGACGGCGCCCCCAGAGUCCGUUGAGCCCACAACGAACCGAGAUACGCUCACAAUCGACCGCUCCGAACACAGCCAACCGAAUGGAAGCAUCCCGACCGAAGUGCUGGACGUCCAGAAUUUGGUCUCAGUGGUUCCACCGAAAAAAUCGCGAAUUUUGGAGGAGAAUUUGACGAAAAAUGAGGAAAUUUCGACCAAAAUUGAGAAAGGAAGGGUAAAUGAAGCAUUUGAGGAAGAGAAAAUGGAACCAAAAGAAGACCGAAGAGAGAGUCGAGCAACAAAAAGCAGCUCCGGAAGAGAGACGGCAGAGAGGAAUUCACAAAAUCACUCGGUGAAAAAUUUCAAAAGCAAGGUAAGUUUAGGAAAAAUUAUUCAAAAUUUUGGUAAUUCUUGGGUGGAAAAACAUUUCUAAAGGUCGUAAAAUGAGUUAUAAAAUAUGAUAUUGAAACUGUAACACUGAUAAAAAAGAAAUUCAAAAAAUGACUAAAGGCGCAAUUCUUAUGACAAAAAUUCGUUAAAAAUCUGAGCUAGAGUCACUUUCUUGCUAGUAUAUAAGCUAAAAUACGAUUCUGAUUUGUUUAUGCAAACCAAAAAAGUCAAAAACGCGUACGCCACUUGAGAUUCCAAGGACGUCUCCGAUCCAAGUACUAAUCAAGCGCACCGUUGCUUAACUUGCCAGAUCGGACGGGAUGGCGUGCUUUCAACGGGCUAUGGGCGUACACACUCCCUUCCCUUUCCACUUUUGAUCCCAUUCCGUGGAAACAAAAAGGGGCUCGAAACGGGCAAUUUUUUGACGAAAAUAGGCUGAUUUUUCUUGGAAUUUUUUGGAAAUUUUCGCAGCAACAUGACUUGGGGUUAAAAAUUGAAUGCGGAUUUGAUAGGGCUAAAAUUUUAAUCAUUUUUAAUCGAGGGACUUUUCUAAACAAAGGCCUUUUCUAACCCAUUUUCCUCCCACUUUUUGUAGAAAAUUUUGUUCUAGGGUAAAAUACGAUAAUCAAAAAGUCAUGUAUGAAUCCAGUUAAUUGAAUCUAUUAGGUUGGGGAAUAAGUUCGUAGAGCUUUUUAUUGUUUUGUUUUGCAAGGAUUGUUUGUUGUUUGGCAAAGGUUAUAUAUAUUAUUUGAUACAGUUUUUUCUCCUCUACAAAACUGUGUUUUUAGUUUUUUUUUUGAAAAUUAAAUUUUUUAUAAUUUUUGGGGCUUAAAAGGUUUUUGAGGUCCUCUUCGCCAUCGAAUUUUUCAUCUCGGAUUUGGUUUGACAGAAAGCGGAAAAGGUGGUAAUCGGUUGGCGCAAGGUCCGAGAGUAUGGUGGAUGCUAAAUAACCUCCCUUUCGAACUCAUGGAGUGCGGUUUUGACGACUUGUGCAACAUGAGAGCAAGAUGACUCGUGGAGCAAGAUGACUUGGCCUUGAUUUCAGUCGAAUAGCCCCAUUUUCGAGGUGUAGUUGGGCAUCAUAGAGCUCCUUGUUGACAGUGGCGUUCUUUUGAGGCAUGUCCCAAUGCACCAUGCCUUCCCAGUCCCCCCAAAUGCAGAUCAUGGCCUUUUUGGGUGGGGAUCUUGCUUGACUGUCCCCUGGGGCCACCCACUCCAGGAAACAGUCAACAUUUUGCUUUAUAUUGACGUACAGACACCAUUGUCAAACCCGAUGAUGAUUCAAUACAAAGACCGCCGUUUGCGUCCACGUGCUGCUCGGCGAAAAAAGCAGGUGUCGAAAACGCAAAUUUUUGCCUCCUAGAUGGUUCACUUUUAAGCCCAAAAAAUAAUUAAAAAUUAAAUUUUCAAAAAAAACUAAAAACACAGUUUUGUAGAGGAGACAGAACUCUUUCGAAUACAUAUAUAAACUUUUCCAAACAACAAACAAUCGUUGCAGGACGAAGCAAUAAAGAAAUCGUUGCGGACUUAUUCCCCAACCUAAUAGAACAAAUUUCAAGAAGUUUUGUAAAAUUUCAAGUCGAAUAAUCAUUUCUAUUUCGUUUCCUCUUCUUAUGAUCUCAAAUUUCAGGUAGCACCUAAUGGCUUCGUCGUGACCGACCGUUCACACUCCACAACGGCCUCUGCCAACUUUCAUCUGUUCGAAAUCACGUCGGACGGGCGAAGAAAGCCGGCCAGCUCACCGCUCCGCCGUUUCCAAUCGGCUCAUUUCGACAAGGAUCAUGUCUUUUUCAAGCCGGGUAUGUGAUUUUGGGGCGGAAAUAAUACUUUUUUCGCCUAAAUUUACUUCAUUUUUUACAAUUUUAGCCCCGAAAACCAAACUUUUGAUGCAAAACGAGCCGAUCGCGCCGAAUUCCGACCUGGACCGAACAGAUUUGUCGCCGAAUAGCAAUUCGAAGCCUGGAAAUACCGAGCAAAACUGGUCAUAUUGA